CAUGCCAUUUCGCAGAAGUAGAUAUCAUUGAGAGCAUCAUAGCCAACGCACACUGCCCCGAGACGAUCCCUCGAGCUCCCGAUAGCGUUGGAACAUACCCGGUGACCCCUUGAGUCAACUAUGAAUCGACCAGGCGCAGUACCACAAACCCUGAGAGGGAUGCCAUCUGGAUUUGGUGGCCAACAACAGCAACAACAACAGCAACAGCAGCAGCAGCAGCAGCAGCAGCAGCAGCAGCAGCAGCAGCAGCAACAGCAACAACAGCAACAACAACCGAGCAGAACAGUAUCGAACCGAUUACCAAACGGAAAACUAGCGAAUAACGGUAGUGGGUGGGCGUUUGGCGCAAACGUGCCUAUGAGCGGUGCAGGACUCCAGAAUUCGUCGAGACCACUGGGAGGAAAUCUUAGUUUCGCACAAAGCCUGGGCGGAUCUUCACCGGCAACACCACUUGAUUUAUCGGAAUUCCCAUCUCUGUCUAAUAACUCUCAGCUUCCUUCCGCCAAUCACUCUUCCUUAUGGUCGACAGCAGGAAGUAGGAACGUCGGCCCUAUACAACGGAAUCAGCCAACCCCUCUAUCUUCUCAGCAGGGUCAACAGGACGACAUGUUCUCGGCACCAUCGCGGAUUGCCUCCAAUCAGGAAUCUUUCCGUUUUGGGGGCUCCGGCAACGCAGGCCAAGCAUCACGGCCGCAACCAGGCAGCAUAGAUGACUUCCCCCCUCUGAAUAACAGCAAUGGCAACGAUUUUCGAAACAGAAAUGGCGACAUUGGACAAGAACGCGGGUCCAACUUGAUGUCUCAACUCGGUUUCGGAGCCCAGUCGAGCCCCGGGUCUUCACUUUCAGGUAGCAGAGCUGGCAAUGGUCUCUUGAAUGCCCUGUCCGCGAAUACCCGGGCAAACGAGACGCGAUCUCCCGAUACUGGUGCGCCUGGUUCCUCGAUCAGAAGUGCAAUCGGUAGCGACGAACCACGUCAAAAGCCACCGGGCUUUCGGCAAGAUAGUGUAGCGUCGCCGUCAUCCGCACAAGAGGCACCUGAAGGUCGACUUGCAUUGGGUGCCAUUGGCAACGAGAUUCCAAGCGGAAAGGAGAGCGACCAAGACAGCCAGUCUUCGGCCGUACACGACCCGUUAGCUGGAAUGCCACCGCUUGACAAAUGGGGUAUCAAGGGCUUACGGACACUGAUGAACAAUUAUCAGGACUACACUAGUGCUGUGACGGGCGUAGAUCCAAGCCAUUUCGGCUUGAAUCUCCAGUCCAACGAGCCAAUAUCAACACAAAUCUACUCGUUAUUCAACGACACACCCCCGCGGCCAGCUAUCCCAAGCUUCAAACUCCCAGAGUGCUACAACGUAACCAAUGUUCAACCCUUGGAGAACAAGAUUCAAAGCUUCAAUGAAGAGACCUUGAUGUGGAUAUUUUACAGCUGCCCAGGCGAUAUCAAGCAACACCUGGCUGCAGCGGAGUUGAACAACCGUAACUGGAGAUGGCACAAGCGACUACAGAUCUGGUUGACAAAGGACGAAACCAUGACGCCUCGCACUCUCAGUCCACAACACGAGCAGGGAUACUACAUAGUUUGGGAUACCAGCAUGUGGGGCAAGGCUCGCAAGGAGUUAGUUUUGGUCUACGCGGAACUGGAGACGGUAGUGAAUGGCGCCUCAUAACAGGUGCGAUGCCACCGUGUCAAGGGGGGAAACCCGGCGUUGGAGCUUUGUAACGAAUUGGCGUCUCGCCAUUGGAGUAUUCAUACAGUACACCGGAGGAAUAUGAAUGAUGAUGAUGACGGGGGGCUGGCUUCGUUUGCAAGGUUCUGGUAGACGGUCAGGUUUAGGUGGCAAUACUUGUUACAGCCGGAACAGGCAAGCAAGGCACUCUUGAGGUCCAAUCAAAAAGAAAAACCUUGAGCAAGAACAGACAAGUUGUGUGCUUUUGACAUGUCCUAACUUUGCAAUGCGUGCAGUUUUAUUUAUUUGUUUGGCUGUCGAUACCAUCCCG